AGCUAUUUGGAUAAGGCUUUUCACUUGCUGGAAGAAGAAGCACAAGCUUCUGAGUCCUAACAAUGGCGUCCUCGGUUACCUCUUCUCUUCAAAUCAUCAAUUUGAAGACUACCGUUUUUGGUGAGCAAAAUAAGCUCAGAGUUUCAACUCUUACUGCGAGAAAUGUUGGCUUCCGUAAAAUGACUACAGAAUGUAAGGAGUCACGAAUUGGGAAGCAACCAAUCGAAGUGCCAUCCAAUGUUACAAUCAAAUUAGAAGGGAAGGAUAUACGGGUAAAAGGUCCCCUGGGAGAACUUGGAUUAACUUAUCCUCGCGAAGUGAUCGUUGAGAAGCAGGAAUCAGGCGCUCUAAGGGUUAGGAAGGCAGUCGAAACUAGAAGGGCCAAUCAAAUGCAUGGACUUUUUAGGACGCUAACAGACAACCUGGUUGUUGGAGUUUCUAAAGGCUUCGAAAAGAAACUUCAACUGGUCGGUGUUGGGUAUCGUGCCACGGUAGAAGGAAAAGAGAUAGUGCUGAAUCUUGGAUUCUCUCAUCCUGUUAAGAUGACAAUUCCUGAUGGCCUAAAAGUGAAGGUAGAAGACAACACCAGAAUCACGAUCAGCGGAUAUGACAAAUCUGAUAUUGGCCAGUUUGCUGCUUCAAUUCGUAGAUGGAGACCCCCGGAACCAUACAAAGGUAAGGGUAUCAAAUAUGCUGAUGAAAUUAUAAGGAGAAAAGAAGGAAAAGCAGGAAAGAAGAAGUAACUUUGGCUUCACUUUUUCAUUUUUUCAUUUAUCUCCCGUUGAUUUUCUUGUUUGUUAGUAAUGGAAAAUACUAAAGUUCCAAGCCAAGAAAUUCAUAUCGAUUAUCAUAAGCUAGAAUCACAUCUCUCCCUAUGGUCUUUUAAUCAUAGCCAACAUUAUUAUAACGUCAA